AUGGAAUUAGAUUGGAAGAGGCUCUGCUUCAGAAGCAAACCAGAGCUCGUUGAAGGAGCAACAGGAGAGAUACUUAUUUUCAAGGAAGUGUCUGAUCUUCCUGAAAGCGUGCGAGAGAUAGCGUCUUCUUUACCUGAAAACAGCAAGAACAUGUGGACAGUCUACAAAGACAGAACAUACAUCCUGUGCAAGAUGGCAGAGGACAAAAUAGGAAACCCUGUGGAGGUAAGAUCUACUGCAGCAAAGGCAACCAAUGCGCUGGUGAAAGAAGGAGUUGCAAAUAUCCUUAUUGAAAGCGUCUGCAGCAUGACCCCAUGGAUUGCUGAAGGAAUUAUUGUUGCAUCGUACAAGUACGACAUACUCCACAGCAAAAAAAGCAUGCAAGUAAACGUAGUCUACAAGGGAGACGAUAAGGAAGUGCUCUCAGCCAUUGAGAUAGCACAGGCCCAGAACUUUGCGAGAUUCUUGGUCGACACGCCUGCCAAUAAAAUGACGCCAACCCUCUUUGUGGAGUAUGCAAAGGAAUAUUUACCAAAAGAGGUAACCGUUAAGGUGUACAACAGAAAAGAGAUCCAAGACAUGAACAUGAAUCUCUUCCUCGGAGUGUCUAAUGGCUCAGCAGAAGAGCCAAAGCUCUUGGAAAUAUCCUACAUGAAAGGCUCCGAGUGUGUAGCACUCGUUGGAAAGGGAAUUACCUUUGACUCUGGUGGCAUCAGCUUAAAGCCAGCAGCUAAGAUGGCUGCAAUGAAGGGAGACAUGGGAGGCGGUGCAUCUGUGGUGAGUACCAUCGGUGCGCUUGCCAGACUAUCAGCAAAUGUGAGUGUAGUCGGAAUAGUUCCACUAACAGAGAAUAUGCCCUCAGGAACAGCCACAAAGCCCGGAGAUGUGCACAUAGGCAGCGCAGGAAAGAGUGUUGAAGUGGAUAACACCGAUGCAGAGGGAAGACUCGUUCUUGCUGAUGCUCUGGACCAUGCGCUGAAGUUCAAUCCUGUCAAGAUAAUUGACAUUGCAACUCUCACAGGAGCUAUCACUGUUUCUCUUGGGCCUGUGAUGGCGGGUAUUUUCAGCAACUCAGAUGAUUUGGCUAAUGAAAUAUCCCAGGUAUCAAACGAAGUGGGAGACAAAGUGUGGAGACUCCCCGUGACAGACGAGUACAAGUCUUUGAUCUCCUCUGAGGUGGCUGAUCUAAAGAAUGUGGGUGGGCCAGCAGGCGGCUCCAUUACAGCUGCGCUUUUCCUUAGAGAGUUUGUGCAGGAUAAACCCUGGGCGCAUUUGGACAUCGCGGGUGUUGCAUUCAACACACUGACGCCAGAGCUGCACGGAAAAGGCGCUACAGGGCGGCCGGUCAAACUGCUGACGCACUGGAUGAUGAGGCAAUAA